CUGGGUCGUGGCUGCUCGUUCAGCAACGAAAUUGAAUAAGCUUUUAAUGUGUAUGAAUGAAUUACUGAAAGAAUGGAUGAUUAACAGUGAACGUUAAACUCUUGGGACCACAACCAUCUGAAAUAUUAUUCAUGCGUCAUUUUUGUCAAGAUCAUUAUGCAUUUCAGAGAGCGCGCGCAAUGCGUGCAUCACGUUUAUCAGCACAAACCGUGACCAGUCACUCUGGGGUAUUUCUUGGCUCCCUCAGGCGGGGUUUCCUUCCUAUGUUUACCUUUAUCUCCGGAAUGGGGUUUCAAAAGGUGGAAAUAUUUAAAGAUUUGAACACCAUAUCCUCAAGCAGCUUAAGUUUCUGUAGCCUACCUCUUGAAAUCAAAAUAGAAUGGAUUCUCAUAAACAAACGGUUUUGUUCAUCGUGAUAAUUUCGUCGUGCGCUACUAUGGUACAUAGCUGUGCUUGUUCAAGAAAUCUAAAACACUGUGCAAACAUCUACCAAAUGCCAGUGGACUUUCAAACGGCUCAACAGAGUUGCAGAGAACGGGGCGGCCGAUCAUUUAUCCAGUCGAAUGCAUCAGAUGAAGUUGUCGGCUAUCUCCUCAACAACCUGAUCGGACACUUUUGGACCGGACUCUAUCUCCCAAGCGGCAAGUGUUUAAGUAAUACACGCACAUUACGCGAAGGCGAACGAAUCACGGAAUUCACCAACUUGGAGACAGAAGAAACGUCGUGCGUCCCACUCUGCGUGUCUGUCUCCAGCGCCGGAAUGCGGACGGCGAGACCAUGCACGGACAAACUGGAUGGAUUUUUGUGCGAGGAGUCUCAAGGGGAUCUUUGCAAAGGAAGUGCGGUCGUUCUGGAUAAUGCGCAGUGUAUGCUUGCACCCUGUGAACAUACAUGUACUCCUUUGGAAAUCGGAUAUAGGUGUUCAUGUAAGGAACAAUUCCGUCCAAAUGCACGAGAUCCAAGCCGUUGUGAUUUCUAUUGCCCAACGAGUGUUUGUAAAGCGUUAUGUUUGAGAAGCGGGUCCGCGUGUUGGUGCCCGGCUGGUUUUGUUAGAAGCGACCAAACCUGCGAAGAUAUUGAUGAAUGUGAAUCAAAUCACGGCUGCGCACACAAGUGCCUAAAUACGAUAGGAGCUUAUAGAUGUGAUUGCUACGAGCCGUUCAUCGUCAUUAAUAAAACUGAAUGCACUCUUGAUCCUAGUCAAUAUAACGGUCAAGUAUUCACAACACCGUCAUCGAAUUAUAUCGCAAGAGGGGCACUGUCGACCCCAGGAGAGUAUGCUGGGUUGAUAAUAUUCCUAGUAGUGGCUGUUUUUACUUUAUUAGUAAUUGUGCAUUAUUUGCGCGGUCGUAAAGCAACUGUACAGGAAUGCAAUCCACCAGAUUGUGAAGAGUUUCAAGCAAGUGUAUCUAAGUAAAUAGCUGCUGUGUUUUCUUUAUAUAAAAAGCUGGUGGAAUUGUCUCUGUGUAUUAGGCCUACAUCAAUAUGUUUGUUACUGUAUAGGCUACAUUCUGUGAAGAAUUACACUUGUUGCAACGACUGUACAUCUCUUAAUACCUCUCUAGCUAAAACUGGAAUGUUAUGUUAAAAACUGAAAAAAUAAAAGGUGUUGUUUUUUUUUUUUUUUCAAAACUGAUUGGGCAGUAGUGCUCAUAAUUGUCUUAGAAAAUUAAUGUACCCAAGAAUUACUAGCAUAGAGUCCAUGCCAUAAAUACCACGUGAAAAGAUAGGUUGGCACUCUAUAAUGCUGCUCCUUCAGGCCAAAGAUUUUCUGUGCAGGAUGUUGGACGUUACUUUUGCACAAAAAACAAGAACAUCUUCUGCCUAAAUUUCUGCAUGUUCCCAUGUUAUCCUACAUAUUUUCUUCCUUUAAGUUUAAUUCCUUGAUAUCUGACAAGAUUUCUCCAACUGAAUAACUGCAUAUUCAGUGGUCUAGCUUUGUUUACCUAAUUUGUUGGAGUACAUUACCAAGUAGCUAUUUACUGAAUUUUACAGACAAUACACUUGAAUGGAUGAGAUAAAAACAUCUUUGACAUGUUAAACAUCUUUGCUAACAGCUGUUUUGUAUGUGCCCUAAAUAAACAAGAUGUAUUUUUUAAUGGGGAAUUUUCAGUGCAAACUUUGAAGGUUGAUCUGUUGCAAAACACAAUUGUUUUUGGUGCCAUUAGCACAGUUAGAUAACUGACAUUUACAACUAAACACUAAGUGCUUUUUAGUUAUUAGUGUGAUAUAUAGCCUACAUCUCUUAAUUCGCUAAUAAAUAAUCACAGUAUUUAUGUUUGUCAAUGAUCCAUUCUGUUUCGAUGGUUAACUCAUCAGAUGAUUUGUCUGUUAAUAGCCAGAUGAAACUGGACCAUGAAAGGAAUAGGUCUAUAUACUUGUGUAAAUAUAAUUUAAAAAAAUAAAAUAAAAUAAAAAACUUCCCCUUCUCAGCA